CGUAAAUGCACUCGCAUCAGUGACACUUCAAUUUUAAGUCCAACCUUUCAAGCUUAGCUAUUAGCGUCUCUCCUCCGAAAGCAAAACAAAACAAGAUUCCCAUUUUUGGGGGGAUCAUUGCUCCGUCUCCCCCCGCCUCAGUACUCCGCCGCAUCCAAUGGCCUUCUCAGAGUUCCGACCACUUGACGACAAUUCCCUCAUCGAAUACAUAAAAUCAGUACCGGCCCUCUCCUCUAAGAUCGGCAACGACUUCGACACCUUGUCCGUCAAAGAAGUUGGAGAUGGCAACCUUAACUUCGUCUUCAUCGUUCUCAAUUCCACAGGUUCUUUUGUCAUCAAGCAGGCUUUGCCUUAUAUUCGCUGCAUUGGGGAGUCAUGGCCGAUGACGAAGGAGAGAGCAUAUUUUGAAUACUUGGGGCUGAAAGAAGAGGGUCGCUUGAGCCCUGAGCAUGUUCCUGAAGUGUACCACUUUGACCGUACAAUGUCAUUGAUCGGCAUGCGUUACUUGGAACCACCACAUAUAAUAUUAAGAAAAGGGUUGAUAGCUGGAAUUGAGUACCCUUUGCUUGCAGAGCACAUGGCUGAUUUCAUGGCCAAGACACUCUUUUUCACUUCUCUCCUUUUCCGUACAACUUCCGAGCACAAAAGGGACGUUGCCGAAUAUUGUGGUAAUGUGGAGUUAUGCAGACUCACCGAGCAGGUCGUGUUCUCUGACCCUUAUAAAGUUUCUCAAUAUAAUCGUUGGACUUCCCCUUAUCUUGAUCGUGAUGCUGAGGCUGUUCGGGAAGACAAUCUGCUGAAGCUUGAAGUUGCUGAGCUGAAAUCCAAGUUCUGUGAGAGGGCCCAGGCUCUAAUACAUGGAGAUCUGCACACUGGUUCUGUUAUGGUUACCCGUGAAUCAACACAAGUUAUUGAUCCAGAAUUUGCAUUUUAUGGACCAAUGGGUUUUGAUAUUGGAGCAUUCCUGGGAAAUUUGAUUUUGGCUUACUUUUCUCAAGAUGGACAUGCAGAUCAAGCAAAUGAUCGAAAAGCGUACAAGGAGUGGAUUCUUAAGACAAUUGAAGAUACCUGGAAUCUUUUCCAUCACAAAUUCACUGCUCUUUGGGAUGAGCACAGAAAUGGUGCGGGUGAGGCAUAUCUUCCAGCUAUCUAUUACAAUCCUGAGGUUCAGCUGCUUGUACAGAAGAAAUACAUGACAGAUUUGUUUCAUGAUAGUCUUGGGUUUGGUGCUGCCAAAAUGAUAAGGAGAAUAGUUGGUGUAGCUCAUGUUGAGGAUUUUGAAUCCAUUGCCGAUGCUGCUAAACGUGCAACAUGUGAAAAGCGAGCACUUGAUUUAGCUAAGACGAUUCUCAAAGAAAGGAGAAAAUUUGAAGGCAUUGCUGAAAUUGUAUCAGCAAUUCGGCAAUAUGAAUCCUGAUUCAUGGUUUUCCAUAUCGAUGCCUCAUCAUGUAUCACGUUUUCCUCCUAUACACUACUCGAGAUUUUGGUGUUCUGCUACAUUUAACACUUUCACUGUCAACAUUAUGUAUCAAAAAUAUAAAUUUUCUGCUUGAGUGUACUAAUUACAGUUUUAUGUUACGUCUUACUUGCAGCAAGGACGUUUUGUUAACACAACUUUGUUCACCUCAGUUGUUACUUAUUAUAUUGUAGAUAUAUUAUUAUGUGCAAA